AUGCGGACACUUCUGUUGAUUGUUGGAAUUGCGGCGGUCGCCCUGGCAGCUGACGAUGUGACGAAGCCAUUGUAUCAGUUCAGUUCUACAGUCGCACCUGUAGUAUCUACAUACAACCCUUACCGGUACUACCGUCCCGUCGUGCCAUCGAGGCCUUCCGUCAGUUCCGGUGUUGGCGACCCCGGACGUUACGAUCCUGGCCGUUGGGACAGUGGCAGAUACGACCCUGGUCGCUACGACCCUAACAAGUACGGCCAAUCUGGACGCUACAUUCCUGACACUUCCGGCCAGUACAAUGGUGACCGUGGUGACCGCGGUGGCGCUGGUGGUUUCUACACCGGUUCUUCGGACAAUGGCAGCCCUGGUGGAUUCUAUGUCGGAGACAAUCAAGUAGUUAGGGAAACCGCUGCUCCUGUGCCAGUUACAAAUGUACCAGUGACUGUAAGCGAGCCAGUGACAACAGCGGUCCCAGUAACAGCAGCCCCAACCACAGUAGCCCCAACCACAGCCGCCCCAACCACAUUCGCCCCGACCACAGCCGCUCCCACUACCGUCCAAUACGUCAGCUCCACACCUGUGUACAUUAAGCCAGUUCCAUACGUUCCUUAUGUACCACCAUCUGUAGUCCCAAAAUACAACCCAGACACUUAUGACUACAAAUACGGUAUCAUCCGUUUGGAAAGCGAAGUACUACCAGACGGCUACCAUUACCUAUAUGAGACUGAGAACAAGAUCCUGGCUGAAGAAGCUGGAAAAAUCGAACAGAUCGACAGCACUUCCAGUGGUAUGAGAGCGAAGGGAUUCUACCAGUACGUUGGAACUGACGGUGUUACCUACAGAGUAGAUUACACCGCUGAUGAGCGCGGUUUCUUGCCAACAGGCGCUCACUUGCCCCAGUAAUAUGUCUUGUUUUAAUUUUUAAUACUCAUUGUUAAAACCUGUUGAAACUUUUGUUUCAAAGUUAUAAAUAUAGUUUAAUAAAUUAAUUAAAAAUA